ACCAGGUUGCUUUAUGUUUUUUUGUCCACUCACUUAAUCUGGAUUAUGAGCGACACACAGACGCUCCGGUGUUGGUAGAGCGGAGUAGGAGGCGAGGAGCCCGGCACAUGCAGGUGCGCAGGGCCAGAGCAUGGGGUGAUGAGGACUCUCCUCUGCUGAUUCCAGUGCAGAUGAACAGUGAUGGCAACAGCAUCACCACAACAUUUGUUGGAUGACAUCAUAAAGACAGGACAACAACAUCAACAUCAUCAGCAGCAGAAAGAGCAGGAGGUGGAGGAGGAGUUCCUGAGCUCACUGGAGACAAUUGUGCUCACUAUCUUCCUCUCCAUCAUUAUUAUCAUGACAGUUUUUGGUAACCUGCUGGUCAUGGUGGCGCUCUGCAAGGACAGACAGCUACGGAAGAAGAAGACCAACUACUUCAUCGUGUCGCUGGCUUUUGCUGACCUGCUGGUCGCCGUGGUCGUGAUGCCCUUUGCCGCGAUUGAGUUGACCACCGGCCAGUGGAGGUACGGAGCCAUUUUCUGCCUCAUCCGAACGUCGCUCGACGUCCUGUUGACGACAGCGUCCAUCCUGCACCUCUGCUGCAUUGCGCUUGACAGGUAUUACGCUAUCUGCUGCCAGCCACUGGUUUACAGACACAAAAUGACUCCAGUGAGAGUAGCACUAAUGCUCAGCAGCUGCUGGCUCAUCCCCACAUUCAUCUCCUUCUUACCCAUCAUGCAAAGCUGGAACGCCAUCGGCAUUGAGGACAUUAUUGAGGAGAGGCGAGCGUUGACGGGAGGCUCCAACGACACAAGCUGCGUGUUUCUGGUGAACCAGCCUUACGCCCUGAUCUGCUCCGCUGUGGCCUUCUACGUCCCACUGGCCCUCAUGGUCCUGGCCUACCAGCGCAUUUACGUCACCGCCAUGACCCACGCGCGACAGAUCGAGACGCUGCAGCGCGCUGGCUCUGCUCCCGUCACCGGAUCGACUCAAGUCGCCACCGUGAGGUCGUCCACUUCCUCAGAUCCGUCAGAACACUGCCGUCACAGGACAGCACCGGGUUCCCCUGCCUCAGAGCAGGCCCCCAUGGCGAACAGUCGCAUGCGCGUCGAGACUAAGGCGGCAAAGACGCUGGCGGUGAUAAUGGGCUGUUUCUGCCUAUGUUGGGCGCCGUUCUUCAUCACCAAUAUCGUGGACCCCUUCAUUCACUACUCAGUGCCGUGGCAGCUGUGGACUGCCUGGCUGUGGCUCGGGUACAUUAACUCAGGGUUGAACCCCUUCCUGUACGCCUUCCUGAACCGGGCGUUCCGGAGGGCGUUCCUGGUGAUCCUCUGCUGUGGGGAUGAGCGGUACGCGCGGCAGGGGAGCUGCUCCUACAGACAAACCUACAGACCGUGCUCGGCCGCGUCGGUCAACGGCACGUCUAUGGCACUGAGAUUGUCCUUCCUGCCAAACCGGAGCUACAGCGACAACGGGCAGACGAUACUGGCUAACGAGCAGGAGUCCCAGGAUUCUGUUGCACACCAGUGAAGAAGAAGAAGAAGACAUUACAGAGACAGAGCUGCAGAGGACGUUUACGUCAGCCUCAACAGUCUGUUUACUUUCCUCCAUUUCCACUCAGCUUUUGUGACCCAUGUGGCAUGCCUUCGUCCGACUUUACGUGCGCGUGGAUGGAAUUUCAAAGCUCAUUUACAGCCAAGAACAGAACAAUCUGACUCUUGGAAAAGAAGUAUUGGUUAUAUAGACUACCUGUAGUGUUCAUGUACCAAAACACACUGCUACAGUAGUAAUGAUAUGUUUUCACAUCUGCUCUUACUCUAAAAAACUGGAUAUUUGGAUCAAAAGGAUGUUCCACAAACUUUGAACAAAGUGACCAAAAAAUAUGUUACAUGGAGGAGAAACAUUCAACAGUUACUUUACAUCAUGCAAACACCUUUUACCUGCAUCAAGUGUCUUUGAGAACAUUGUUGGGAUUAUUUCCUCUCCUCAUUGUGCCACUUUAUUUCUCUGAAGACUGUGAUGAAAAUACAGCAUCACUAAAACUGUUUAUUUGUGACCAAACUUUACUUUUUCUUUGCACAAUUUCAUGUUGAACUUAAAAACAUUUGUAAUUUGUGAUUUUGACCACUAGAAGGCAGAGAAGCUCCAGACCAAAGUCACAGUAUGGUUCAGCCCUGACAGUCUUUUUUGGCCACAUGAACACCAGUGAGUCAUUUUAUACAAAAGCAGAGUUUCUGUGGAAGACAAACUGUUUAAACUGGUCUAAAACAACAUAAUAUUACUGGCACACGUGCACAAAAAACCCUCCCUUAUAAAGUUUUUCAGGACCAAGUUUGAUUCAUAGUGACAAAGAGCAGACAAUUUCAGGAAACAGAUGAUCAACAAGGAGUGAAUGGAGAUGAUGGAGGGUUUAAAUACUCACUGGCAUGAUGAGGAAACGCAGAACAGGUGUGUGAAACGUGGCAAUUGAUUAAAGUCUAGUGACAUCUGGUGGCGAGAUGGAGAAUUUCAAGUUGAUAGUGCUUUGUUUUCAGUCAUAUCUGCACAUUACAUUUACAUUUCUGUCUGCACAUUUGCCUCAGUGAAAACUGGUUUACUAAUAAUAAAUGUUUUUUUAUGUUCAA